AUGAGUUACAUGAAGAAAGACGAAGAUGCGGACCAGGUCAUGAUUAAACUUGAUCGAACCUCUGUGUUCCAAGAUGACAUUACUGACAACUCCCCUCUUCUAGCUCGACUUUUCAAUUCCUCGCCAAUUUCACCGCGGACAUGUCGUACACUACUAACCAAGAUCGCGGUCCUCCUCUUCACUGGGGAGCAAUUCCCCACGAACGAAGCCACCACCCUUUUCUUCGGUAUCUCCAAGUUGUUCCAGAACAAGGACCCCUCGCUGCGACAGAUGGUGUAUCUUAUUUUGAAGGAGCUUGCGAACACUGCGGAGGAUGUUAUCAUGUCGACUAGUAUCAUCAUGAAGGAUGUCGCCGUCGGAAGCGAUGUCCUAUAUCGGGCCAACGCCAUUCGUGCUCUGUGCCGUAUCAUUGAUGCGUCUACUGUCCAGGGUAUCGAACGACUCAUCAAAACAGCUAUUGUCGAUAAGACUCCCUCCGUCUCCUCUGCGGCCCUGGUUUCAUCCUACCACCUCCUCCCUAUCGCACGCGACGUCGUUCGGAGAUGGCAGAGCGAAACUCAGGAAGCCGCCUCGUCUUCAAAACAAUCGAGUGGCUUCCUUGGCUUUUCCUCCAGUUCACAGGCCCAUACCAUUUCUCAAUCAAACUUCAUGACCCAGUACCAUGCGAUUGGUCUCUUGUAUCAGAUGCGCUCACAUGACCGUAUGGCGUUGGUUAAGAUGGUACAGCAAUACGGCACUGCAGGUGUUGUGAAAAGUCCGGCAGCUCUUGUUCUCUUGGUCCGCCUUGCGGCUAAGUUAGCAGCAGAGGAUUCUGGUCUCCGGAAACCCAUGAUGCAGAUGCUGGAUGGCUGGCUCCGUCACAAGCACGAAAUGGUCAACUUUGAGGCAGCCAAGGCCAUUUGCGACAUGGGUGAGGUAAGUGAUGCCGAGGCAUCGCAGGCCGUUCACGUUCUCCAGCUGUUCCUGUCCUCUCCACGAUCAAUCACCAAAUUUGCCGCCAUUCGCAUUCUCCACAACUUCGCCUCCUUCAAACCCCACGUCGUCAACGUGUGCAACCCUGAUAUCGAGGCUCUCAUUUCCAACUCCAACCGAUCCAUUGCUACAUUUGCCAUUACUACCCUAUUGAAGACCGGCAACGAAGCCAGUGUCGAUCGUUUGAUGAGGCAAAUUUCCGGGUUCAUGGCCGAUAUCACCGAUGAAUUCAAAAUCACUAUCGUCGAGGCCAUCCGCACGCUGUGUCUGAAGUUCCCCAGCAAGCAGGCCGGCAUGCUGACCUUCUUGAGUGGUAUUCUGCGUGAUGAGGGUGGCUACGAAUUCAAGCGUACUGUUGUGGAGAGCAUGUUUGAUUUGAUCAAGUUCGUACCAGAGAGCAAGGAAGAUGCUCUGGCUCAUCUUUGCGAGUUUAUCGAGGAUUGCGAGUUUACUAAGCUCUCAGUUCGUGUCUUGCAUCUGAUUGGUGUUGAGGGCCCUAAGACCCCCAAUCCCACCAAGUAUAUCCGUUACAUCUACAACCGUGUCGUGCUGGAGAAUUCCAUUGUUCGUGCCGCUGCAGUCACUGCACUGGCCAAGUUUGGCGUUGGUCAGAAGGAUCCGGAAGUCAAGUCCAGUGUGCAGGUCCUGCUUACUCGCUGCCUCGAUGACACUGACGAUGAGGUGCGGGAUCGUGCAACUCUUAACCUACGAUUGAUGAGCUCCGAAGAUGCUAUGGCUGAGACGUUCAUCAAGAAUGAUUCCAUGUUCUCCCUUUCUACCUUUGAGCACCAGCUCGUCAUGUAUGUGACGUCGAAUGAUAAGCAGACUUUCGCCGCUGCUUUUGACGUUUCUUCCGUCCCAGUUGUCUCACACGAGCAGGCCUUGGCCGAGGAGAGGACCAAGAAGCUCACCACGGCCACCCCUACACUCAAGGCUCCGUCGCUAGGCCCCACCAAGAGCAAGGCGAGCGGCGUGGCCGAAGCUGCUACUGCCGCUGCUACUCAGAAAUACGCCGAGGAACUCAUGCAGCACCCCGAUAUCAAAGAGUAUGGCACCUUGCUCAAAUCCUCUGCACCUGUCGAACUCUCUGAGAGUGAAACUGAAUACGUCGUCACUGCUGUCAAACACAUCUUCAAAGACAACAUUGUCAUCCAGUAUGAUAUCAAGAAUACUCUACCAGAUACUGUUCUUGAAGAUGUGACCGUUAUCGCGACACCAUCUGAGGAUGACCUCCUGGAGGAUGAGUUCAUCAUCCCGGCCCCAAAGCUAUCUCCCAACGAGCCGGGCGUCGUCUACGUUGCCUUCAAGAAAUUGGGUGGCGAGCACAGCGUUCCUGUUACCUCAUUUACCAACAACUUGAAGUUUACCAGCAAAGAGAUCGAUCCUUCAACUGGCGAGGCGGAAGAUAGUGGAUACGAGGACGAAUACCAGGUUGAAGACCUCGACCUCAAUGGAAGCGACUAUGUUAUCCCUACUUUCGCUGGCAGCUUCGAUCACGUCUGGGAACAGACUGGCGCCAACGGCGAAGAGGAGAGCGAGACUUUGCAACUAAGCAACAUAAAGGGCAUUGCCGAUGCUACGGAACAAUUGAUCUCAGCUCUCUCCCUGCAACCGCUGGAGGGCACAGAUGUAGCCCUCAACAACAGCACUCAUACCCUCAAGCUCUUCGGCAAGACUGUGACUGGCGGAAGAGUGGCAUCCCUCAUCAAGAUGGCCUACUCGUCUAAGAGUGGUGUCACAACUAAGAUCACUGUCCGCGCCGAAGAAGAGGGUGUUGCCGCAGCUGUGAUCUCAUCUGUCGCGUAA